AUGGCAUCUGUAGCGUCACAACCAGCUGCAGAUGUUUCUGAACCAACCACAGAUGUUUCUGUGGUGACAUGUGGACUAGAAUGGACAAUUGGGGGUAUGGAGGGAAGCGGGCAGUCCACACGCGAUCGCCACCUAUUCGGUGGGGGGUUCGGUACACCGGAUCAGAGCGAAAUGGACGAAGCUGUUCCUGCUUUGGCUACCGGCCAAGCUUCAACUGAUGCCGUGACGAAGCAGCCUGUGAAUGUGUACAUAUGGGACAUGGAUGAGACACUCAUUUUGCUCAAGUCACUUCUGGAUGGCUCAUAUGCUGGGGCUUUUGACGGCCUCAAGGAUCGUGAGAAAAGUACUGAAAUAGGGAAGCGAUGGGAGAACCUCAUUCUUGAACUUUGUGAUGAGCACUUCUUUUAUGAGGAGAUUGAGAACUACAAUGAACCCUAUCUCAAUGCUUUGAAUGAAUAUGAUGAUGGGAGAGACUUGACCUCAUAUGAUUUUGAGGCUGACUGUUUUAGUUCUCCCUAUGAUGAUGCGAACAAAAAGAAGCUUGCUUAUAGGCAUCGUGCUAUUGGAGAGAAAUAUGCAAAGGGCUUGGAAAAGAUUCUGGACCAACAUAUGGUCAAAGUCUGCAAUGAUCAGUACAGUUUGACUGACAAAUAUACCGAUGGCUGGCUGUCUUCAGCUCAUAAGUUAUUGGAAGAAGCAUUGGGCAAAUCAGCAUCAGCACCUACUGCCAACUCUUCAAGCAUCAAUUGCAUAGUUACAUCAGGGUCACUGAUUCCAAGCCUUGCCAAAUGUUUGCUGUAUCACCUGGAUGAUGUGGUCUCGUCUGAGAAUGUUUACAGCUCAUGGGAAGUGGGGAAGCUGCAGUGCUUCAAAUGGAUCGAGGAGCGCUUCGAUGGUCCAAAUGUCCGCUUCUGUGCAAUCGGUGACGGGCACGAAGAGUGCACUGCUGCACAUGUCAUGAAAUGGCCAUUCAUCAAGAUUGAGUUCCGCCCUGAAGCCCAUCACAGGUUCCCUGGCCUAGACAUGCCCACAGUGCAGACCUACAUGGAUGUGAUAUACGAGUCAUCAAGCAAAGAUGGUUGA